UAUAAGCAAGUUAGAUUCGUUUCGCAUUUUACCAUUUUUCUGGUUUUUUAAUUUUUCCACACUUUUUUAGAUUAAAUUUUUUAUAUUUCUAACGCACUCACCUUGCUUUUCCCUCCUGGCCGCUUUAUUUUGGCGAUGGAUGUAAUUUUUGUUGCAGAAAUACCAGGAACGGCGCAGUCUGCUGCCGACGCCCAGAUCCGCAAAUCUUUCCAAGACGCCUUCACGAGUAUGAAUCGACCAACAGAGAAAAACUCUCCGAAAAGCAGCAGGAAUCGCCCCGGGUCCGUGACCAAAGCGCCUCGCAGCGCUGCGCUGAAGGACGCCAAUGCCCGCUGGGUGCUGCCGCAGGAUGUGGGGGAUAUGCUGCAUAAGUAUCCCGAGGCCUUGUUUGUCUGUGAGAAAUUCCAAGGAUCCAGUUUCGACCAAUUGGUGGAGGGAAAAUGCUGGAUGAGGGGAGCGGAGAGUCUGAGCAAUUUGCCGUCCAAACUGACUUUUCAAGAGUAUCUUCCUGUUUACAGCGGGAUCAUGGAUAAGAUGAUCGUCUGCUUGUCCGGAUUACCCAAAUCCGAAGAGAUGCAGCUGCAUGAGAUGAUCCGGAUAAUGGGCGGCCGCGUUAGCCGUCACCUGCGUAGCUCUUGCACGCAUUUGGUGGCAGCGCAGGCCGGGACUCCCAAGUACUUCGCAGCCGUGGAGCAACGCAUGGCCGUCGUCCGGCCAUCGUGGGUGCGGGAUCUCUGGCAGCAGAUGCUGGAAGGCGACUGCGCCCAGCGAGCCAAAUUCGUCCACAUCCACCAGCAGAAAGCCGCGUUGCCUUACUUCCAGGGCUUGCGUAUUCAUAUUGCUGCGGAGCUGGCCACUUCCAUGCCGGCUAGUCAACUCCAAGCCUGUCGCGAUCUAGUCACUGAUCCCGCGGCGGGUGGCCUGUACAUUGACGCCCCUACUGUUGGAUUGACCCAUGUCCUUUGCAAUCGUCUUCCGGAGGACACGGAAAACUACCCCCCAGGAUGCCAUUUUCUCCGGUUGGACUGGCUGCUGGAUUCCGCCCGCGAACGAGUCUGUCUGAACUGGAAACAAUACCUUCUGGAGUCGCCACGCUCGGCGGACACCACAAUGCGCACCAUCGCGGAACUGGAGAGAAAUAUCACGCAUUUGGGGGAGGUGGAAGGGGAAGGUGUCGGCGGUGCGCAAUUGUUGUUUUCGCCCGAUCCCAAGCAGCGGGCGCGGGCCGGUGUCAAGCGCACAUACUCUGACUGCGCACUGGCUACUUCCACGCCGAAGAAACCUGUGCGCACCUUUUCCGCUGCGAAAUUCGAUCUUAGUCCCAUCAAAGAAUCGGACCGCAAUGAGAAACCGCAGGUUCCUACCGGACCGUCGGAGCCGCAGUUGGACCAAUAUCCCGAACCACCCGCUACUCCAAGCAGUCUAUCCAAGCGUGUCCCGCACAUGUUCCGCCGCUCCUCCUCCGAGAGCUGCGUGACCAGUCCCCAGCGCUCGCCCCGCCGAUCCAGCACCUCCCACCUGGCCCGCCGCAUCCUGGCGCUGCAACCGGACGCCACCCGCACCACCAACUCCAGUGGGGAUACCUCGGCCGCCGCCGAUAAGACCGCUCGCGAUGACCCCAGCCAACGGCCCCACCACCGGUUGGCACUGCCGGCCGGUCGGGGCCUGGCUAAGAAAAUGCUGGAUGAGUGCCAGCGCAGUGAGCCCCGUGCUCCCAGGGUGACGUGGGAUGAUGCACGACCGUCCGUGGCGUUGGCCCGGAGUGCCAGUAAGAGCCAAGUCAACGGAGUGGGUAAGGCGUCGCCUGUGGAGAUUCACAAGCGGGAUCCGUCGCAGUUCUUCUUCAUGUUUAGCCGACCGGCCAACUCAGAGGCGGACAGUCGGCUGGCGCAGUAUCUGGUCCAGAGUAUCGCCACCCUCGGUGCUAAACAGCUUAAGGGCUCGGCCUACGAUCCCCAGGUGACGCACCUGCUGUGCAGCCGGCCUUAUCUCACUGAGAAAUUCAUGGUGUGCUGCGCUGUCGGCAAAUGGGUGCUUCACCCGCAGUAUAUCGGUGAUUCGCUGCGCGCAGGAUACCUGCUACCGGAGGAAGACUACGAGUGGGGCAACGCCAAAGCCGGUCGACUGAUGGGCAGCUUGUCGGAUACGGAGCUGCGCUGGGCCACCGCCUGCCACUACUGGCGCCUCCGCGUAAUCCGCACCGGCCUGCACGCAUUUCACGGCUGGCGUGUCAAUACCCAGGCGCUGACGGAGCGCCGGGGAUCCUACGAACGGUGCCUGCAGUCUGCGGGAGCCACUAUCCUGCCCGCCGACGCUACGGUGGAAGAAGCCACGCAUAUUCUGCACGAUUUCAACGACGAAGGCCGCUCGGAGGCCUUUGAGCUGCGAUACCCGGGGGUGGGGCGGAAGAAGGAGUACCUAGAGGAGUAUCUCCUCCAGGAGGCCCAUCCCGGCUAUCGGCAUCCGCCGCGACUGCGCCGCACACAGUCUGCUCGUGCCGCCAACAAGUAGUCCCUUGUAGUGAAUAAUUCAAGUAAUUUAACCGUAAUUGGUGUUGCCCGUACUGGUUCUUUAUUCAGUGUGGAUUUGUUCUUGUCUGUGGUACUAUUGUUGUCAUUAACCUAUUGGUCCAUUGUGCCGCGCUGAUUCUGCUGAUCGGUGUGCAUUGUUUUUAGCCUGAUUUUGAACAUAUAUUUAUAUAUCAGAUAUUUGUAAAUGUAUAUUGACUACCUACGUACUCUGUAACGAGUUAGGAAUUUUUAUUAUUGUUUUUUAGCAAUCCGAUUAUCGCAGUUAUUGUUGCGGAAAUGUUUUUUCUGACUUUUGUGCCGAAGUGCGACUUCAAUAAAGGACUGAUGUCC